AGUUUAUGGUUUUCAUCAUGACUGCUUCCAUUGAAUUGAAAGCGUUGUAUAUUCUAACCUAAGUUUUUAGAUGAAAUACUUUAUUAUUUUUUAAUUUAAAAUAAAAAAAACAAUGGGACAUAGUAAAAUAUUUUUAAGAAAUCGAGCAUUAGGAUAUGUUUCUAAUCAUAUUCCUCUCAUCACGAGAUAUAUUAAAAGACGAAAAGAAAAUCUUAUAGUAACGUGUACAGGUAAUGCAUUCCAUACAUAUAGUUGUUCGCAUUUUACACUUCUUAGUGUAUCAGGAGUACAUCCAGAUGAAAUUACAUGUCUUGCGGGAGAUGUUUAUCAUGUUUAUACAGCAUGUAAAAAUGAAAUAUACGCCUGGCGAAGAGGAUCAGAAAUAAAACAUACCUAUAAAGGUCAUGAUUGUACAGUACACACUUUAUUACCUUUUGGACCACAUUUAGUGUCUGUUGAUGAAAAUAGUAAUGUUAAAAUAUGGGAUAUUAAAACAGAAGAGCUAAUAACAGAACUCACUUUUAAUAAUACACAUUUCAAAAUUACAACAUUAAUGCAUCCUAAUACCUACAUAAACAAAAUAUUAUUUGGAAGUGAACAAGGUCAAUUACAAUUAUGGAAUUUGAGAAUUUUAAAAUCAGUUUAUAUAUUUAAUGGUUGGAACACAGCAAUUACUGUACUUGAACAAGCACCGGCAAUAGAUGUUGUAGCAAUUGGUUUAAAUGAUGGAAGAAUUAUAUUGCAUAAUUUAAAAUUUGAUGAAACUCUUUUUGAAUUAAUGCAAGAUUGGGGUUGUAUAACAUCCAUUAGUUUUCGCACAGAUGAACAUCCAAUUAUGGCCACAGGAAGUUUAGAUGGUCAUAUUGUAUUUUGGAACUUAGAGCAACGUAAAGUAGAAAGUCAACUUCAUAAAGCUCAUUUUGGAGCUGUAACAGGAUUAAAAUAUUUACCCAAUGAACCACUCUUAGUAUCAUCUUCUCCUGACAAUUCUUUAAAAUUAUGGAUAUUUGAUUUAGCUGAUGGAGCUGGAAGACUUUUAAGAAUCAGAGAAGCUCAUUCAGAACCUCCUACUAUUAUUCGUUUUUAUGGAAAUGAAGGUGAAAAUAUAAUAACUGCUGGUAGUGAUUCUUCUUUGAGAUUAUUCUCUACUAUUUCAGAAAUGUUAAAUAAAAGUUUAGGAAGAGCAUCUUUUAAUAGAAAAGCUGCAAAAAAAAGAGGAAGAGCUGUUGAAGAUCCUUUACAAAUGCCACCAAUUACUGAAAUUGCUAUGGAAGUAACAAGAGAAAAAGAAUGGGAUAACAUUGUAGCAACACAUUCUGGUUUGGGUACAGUUACUACAUGGUCUUUUGAUAAAACAAGAAUGGGAGAAUAUAAAUUAUUUCCAGAAAAAUUUAAAGGCAAUAAUAAUAUUACUGCAAGUAGUAUAUGUUUAACAAAAUGUGGAAAUUUUGUUGUUAUUGGAUAUAGUAAUGGACAUGUAGAAAGAUUUAAUAUACAAUCAGGAAUUCAUAGAGCUAGUUAUGGUAGUGAUAAAGGAGCACAUAAAGGUCCUGUAAAAGGUGUAAUGGUAGAUCCUUUGAAUCAAGUUGUAAUUACAGCUGGAAAAGAUGCAUAUAUAAAGUAUUGGAGUUUUAAACCAAAAAUAAAUGAUACAGAAUCACUAGCAAAAAUGAUACUAGAUGAGCCAAUUGAAUGGAUACGAUAUCAUGAUGAAAGUUCCCUUAUAGCUGUAGCAUUGGAAGAUUUUAGUAUUGUAUUAAUAGAUUUUGAUACUAGAAAAAUUGUUCGACGUUUUGAAGGACAUAAAGGGCGCUUGACAGAUGCAUGUUUUAAUCCUGACUCAAGAUGGUUAAUAACAGCAUCUAUGGAUUGUACAAUUUGUACAUGGGAUAUUCCUUCUUCUAACUUAAUAGAUAUUUUUCAGAUUCCAGAAGCAUGUACAUCAUUACAUUUUUCUCCAACUGGAGAAUUUCUUGCUACAACACAUGUGUGUAAUCUAGGUAUAUAUUUAUGGUCGAAUCGCACUCUUUAUUCUCAUAUUUCUUUAAAAGCGAUAAAUAAAGAUGAUCCGAUUCCAAUGAUCGGACUUCCUAAUUCGGUAAUAGAAAUUAAUGAUGAUAAAGAAGAUGAACUUUCUGAACCAGAAUUGGAGUACAUAUCUCCAGAACAAAUUCAAGAAAAUCUUAUUACAAUGUCUGGUUUAGCUCACUCUAGAUGGCAAAAUCUGUUAAAUAUAGAUAUUGUUAAAAAAAGAAACAAACCAAAAGAAAUACCUAAAACAGAAAGUGCUCCUUUUUUCUUACCAACAAUUCCAUCAUUAGAAUUGAGAUUUGAUUUUUCGGAUGUUACAAAUACGGAAACGAAUAAGAAAUUUAUCGUACAUCCUGAUUUUCAAAGUCUUACUGUAUUUGGUAAAUCCUUAUUAUCUGUGGAAAACAAUAAUUAUCAAGAAAUUAUUGAAAAAUUAAAAUGUAUGAGUCCAAGUUCUAUUGAUUUUGAAAUUCAAUCACUUUCAGCAGAUGAAAAAACAUUGACUACUUUAUUACUUCAUUUUAUGAAAAUGAUUUAUUAUAUGAUAGAAAGAAAACGAGACUUUGAAUUAUCGCAAGCUUAUUUAGCUGUAUUUUUAAAAUGGCAUGGAACAACAAUAACAGAAACUGAAUCAUUAAGAAAUUAUUUAAACACAUUACAAGAGAUACAAUCCAAAACAUGGUUGAUAUUAAGAGAUAAAUUGUUUUAUAAUCUUAGUGUUGUACAAAUGUUAAAAAAGAUGUAAAAUUUUAUUAUAAUAAAAACAUAAUUUUUUAUAAUAUUUUAUUAUCGCAAAAUAUUUUUUUAAAAUUCAUAGAAAAGUCAUAAAUCAUAUUUGAAAAAUAAUUAAUUUAUUAUAAUAUUUUAUAUAUUUAAUUCAGUACAUUUAGAAUUUAAUUUACAGUAAUUUUUUUUAAAAAAAACAUUGUACAUCCAUAAGUUACAAAGUUAAAUAGAAAAAACUCCAUUAAUUAUAAAUACAAUUCAUGUAUAUAAAUAUAAAAAAUAAUCAUAUACUUUUGUAAUAUAUUUUAAUACCAAAUGUAUUUUAAGUGUAAGUAAAAAGUAUUUAUAAAUAUGUAUAUACAUUAAGGCUUUGUAUUCAACAGUUUAUUUCCUAUAUAUAAUUAAAAAUUAUUCCCUAUAAGUGAGAAAACUGUAUAUUUGUUCCAUUGUUCUGGUUUCUAAUGCUAAAUCUUCCAUAUAAAUUUCAAAACUUGUAAUAAUUCUAUAAAGGCUUCGCUUUGUUGCAGCACGUAAAGAAUAGAAGAUUUGUUUAAUAAAUUUAUCAUCUCCAUCUUGUUUUUUUGCCAUAAUAUUCGAUUUCUGUAAUUUAUCAAGAGCUUGUUUUAGCUCAAGUAAAGUAUUGAUUAUAAGUGGUAGAUCUUUUUGAGCAAUUCCAUAAGUAUCUUCAGUUAGUGAUACUACAGCUAAAGAUGAAAUUGCAUCUGCAGCCCAAAUUACCAUUUGUCCAUUGAAUAAAAUAUGACACACUUUACCUCCUUCUAUUUCCCCAAAAAUGUAAGAAAUAAGUGGUUUAGAAAGCAAAUAUGUCAAAAAAUUGUUCCAUUUUGUUUUUAUAAAUUUUUGAAUAAAUAAUUCAUCAUCUUCUUUUUUUAUGUCAGUUUGAUCAGUAGGUAAUUGUACUUCUUCUUUUACUAAAUUGCGCAUACGAUAUACAUAUUCUUUUUGAAAUGUAGUAACAUGUGUUAUUGUUGAACAUGGAGCACAUGGAGGUAAUUCUUGUGGUUUAACAUAUGCUGCAGUAAGGUCAUCAGAAAAUUUUUUAAUAAGACCAAUACAUUUUUCUACAAUACAAUUCCAAUUAUAAGGAUGACCUCCAGGUUGACUGAGUGUAAAUAAUAUACUCCUUCUUGUCUUAUCUUUUUGAACUAUUGUAACUAAAUCUAAAUAUCCUAGAUGUUGCAUUAUUGGUACUUUAUCUAUAGAUAAUGCUUCAGAAAGUGUCAUUCUAGAUUCAUCAAUGUCAAAUACAUUGUUCUGUUUGAAUUCAAAAAGAACCCAUUCUGUCAAAUAUAAUUCAAACAAUAAAUACAUGCUAUUAAUUACUAAUACAAAUAUCAAUUGAUAUAACCAUAAUUGAAAAAUCAAUGAAAAAUUCAAUAAAUUAGAAAUAUUACUCAAUGGUUCACUUUCUAAUUGUGCAGAUGAUAAAAAUAAUAUUGUAGAACAACAAUUAUAACCUAAGAAAUAAUAAGCAAUUAAAUAAUAUAAAGUUGGCCAUAUACACUCAAUCAUUAAUGAUGGAAGUAAAGAGCAUAUUCCUGUUUUAAAUCUUGAAAAUUUUGAUGAAAAUAUUAUAGGAAAUUUCAAAUAUUUUGUAUGAAAGAUACUAGUCUUUAAGAAAAAAUAUAAUCCACUCCAUAAUCCGCUUAGAAAUAAAAAGUAAUGUUCUUCCAUUAGACAUGUUCCAUAAACUAUAUUACAUUCUGUCAUUAAAAAGCCAUAUCUACCUCCUUUUAUUGAUAAAUGCAUCCAAACAAGAAGGCCACCAAUGAUAAUAUGUAAUGCACCCAGUAAAAUAUUUUGUGAUGUAAAUAUUCCACAAAAUUUAUUAAACCUACUUUUUAAAUAAGGUGGUACAUUUGAAUAAUUUUUGCUGCAAAUAACUCCUUGAAAGAAUGUAACAGUAGCAAGAACGCAGAAAUAACUCCACAUUCGAAAAGAGGUUAUCGCUGUCCAUGUGUUUUGAAUCCAUGAUGUGUAAUCCGUGUUUAAAUUUGUAAUUAAAAAUAAAAGAGUCACAAGAAAGAAUUGUACUGCUAUACUGGAGAUUAUAGCUAAGAACAUUCUUUGCAUUAACAAUUCUUUACAUCCUUUUUUAUUCAUCUGUAUCAUUUUAUUUACUUUUAAUAGUUAACCUUUACUU